UUGGAGUUGUCCUUUCUGACAGUAAUUAGUAUAACAGUUGAAGAUUUGGCACAAGCUGUUCAUUUCCUGUAGGUCUUUCUGAAUCUUUCAAGCCCAGCCGUUGAAUCUGCAUUUUGAGUGAAAUUGAUCGGAAUCGGGGGACAAAGAGAUGUUAGGCAAAUAGGCAUCGAGGCAAAAUGUGUGGAAAGCUCAAAAGUUUUCUGCUAAUUUGAUUUUAAUUAAUGCUUUUGGGCCAAACAAAGAAAGCAUUUACUGAGAGAGACUGAAGCUUCUCCAAGCGCUAUAUAUCAAUUAUCAAGUACAAGUCUUUAUCGCUUUGACAUUAAAAAAAGGAAAAAAAGAAAGAAGAAAAGGUAUUAUUAUUACAAUAAAUAGUAAUAAUAAAAGCACUGUUUGAUCGCUUCUCUCCAAAAAAAAAUUCGCAUACGAGCAAUGAAGGAGGGAGAGAAGAGCUUGGAUCCUCAGCUGUGGCAUGCCUGCGCCGGAGGCAUGGUCCAGAUGCCUCUGGUUAAUUCCAAGGUCUUCUAUUUCCCUCAGGGCCACGCCGAGCACGCCCAGGCCCGCGUCGAUUUCACGGCCUUACCCAGAAUCCCUGCUCUCGUUCCUUGCCGAGUUGGAGCCGUCAGGUUCUUGGCUGACCCUGAAACCGAUGAGGUUUUCGCGAAGAUCAGAUUGGUUCCAGUGGGAAACACUGAGCCUGGUUUUGAUGAUGAAGGGGUUCUGGGUAAUGAGUCUGAGCAUCCAGAGAAACCCGCUUCGUUCGCCAAGACAUUGACCCAAUCUGACGCCAACAACGGUGGGGGUUUCUCUGUUCCGAGGUACUGCGCCGAGACGAUCUUUCCACGGUUGGAUUACACGGCGGAUCCACCGGUUCAGACGGUGAUUGCCAAGGAUGUUCACGGCGAGGUUUGGAAAUUCAGGCAUAUAUAUAGAGGGACACCGCGACGGCAUUUGUUGACGACUGGGUGGAGCACAUUCGUAAACCACAAGAAGCUGGUUGCUGGGGAUUCCAUUGUGUUCAUGAGGGCUGAAAAUGGUGAUCUUUGUGUCGGUAUUCGGCGAGCCAAGCGGGGAAUUGGCUGUGCAUCAGAGUCCCCAUCUGGGUGGAACCCCGCUCCCUGCCAUUCUGAUUCGCCAUAUGGCGGAUAUUCGACGCUGUUGAGGGAAGAGGAGAACAAAUUAAUGCGAAAUGGUUAUGGGAAUUCAAGCCCUGGUGGCAAUUUGAGAGGAAAGGUAAGGGUGAGGCCUGAAUCGGUUAUUGAAGCUGCGGCUCUGGCCGCUAGCGGACAGCCAUUUGAGGUUGUUUUUUAUCCGAGAGCGAGCACGCCAGAGUUUUGCGUUAAGGCCUCGGCUGUGAAUGCUGCAAUGAGGAUUCAGUGGUGCUCUGGAUUGAGGUUUAAGAUGGCAUUUGAAACGGAGGAUUCUUCCCGGAUAAGCUGGUUCAUGGGAACCAUAGCUUCUGUUCAUGUUGCUGAUCCUCUGCGCUGGCAUAAUUCCCCGUGGCGGCUUCUUCAGGUGACAUGGGAUGAGCCGGAUUUGCUACAAAAUGUGAAGCGUGUCAGCCCAUGGUUGGUUGAAUUGGUAUCAAACAUGCCUGUCACCCACCUCUUGCCCUUCUCACCGGCAAGAAAGAAGUUACGCCUCCUUCAACAGACAGAUCUUCCCCUUGAUGGCCAAUUUCCAAUGCCAUCAGUUUCAGGCAACCCCCUUGGGCCAAGCAGCCCCUUGUGUUGUCUAUCUGAUAACACUCCUGCAGGCAUACAGGGAGCCAGGCAUGCUCAAUUUGGAAUAUCUUUAUCAGAUCUCCACUUUAACAGCAAACUGCAGUCAGGGCUGUUUCCAUCCAAUUUCCAGGGGUUCAAUAUACAUUCAAGAACCUGCAACAGCAUCACGACAGGCAAUACAAACAACAAUGAAAAUUUAUCUUGCUUGCUAACCAUAGGAAAUUCUAGUCAAAAUUUGGAAAAAUCAGAUAAUGUGAAAAGACACCAGUUUUUGCUAUUUGGUCAACCAAUACUUACAGAGCAGCAGAUCUCUCGAAGCUGUUCUAGUGAUACAGUCUCACAAGUUUCUAGCAGGAAAAGGUCAUCAGAUGGGAACCAAGACAAAGUAAAGUUUCUUGCAGAUAUUUCAGGAUCCAAGCUUGAGCAGAAAGUUUCUUCAAAAAAUUCCUUAAGUGCUGGAUUUUCAUGGCGCCAGGGUUUCCAAACCACAGAACUUGGCCUGGACAAUGGUCACUGCAAGGUAUUCAUGGAGUCGGAGGAUGUGGGGCGCACACUUGAUCUCUCGGUUCUUGGUUCUUAUGAUGAGCUGUACAGGAGGCUCGCCAACAUGUUUGGAAUAGAAAGACCAGAUAUGCUAAGCCAUGUGCUCUACCGAGAUGCAACAGGUGCUGUGAAGCAAACUGGAGAUGAACCAUUCAGUGAUUUUUUGAGAACAGCAAAAAGGAUCUCUAUUUUAACAGAUUCUGGCAGCAACAAUAUGGGAAGGGCGUGGUUUACAGGGAUGAGGAAUGCUGAAAAUGGACUAGAUGCAUCAAACAAGACAGGUCCCUUGAGCAUAUUUGCCUAGUACUUCAGAAGCCGAGACUUGAUGUUGAAAAAAAAAAAAAAAUGAAUGAAUCCUGAAGGGAGGUGUUUAUUUGUUCAUUAAAUUUAGUUGGGAGAAACAGGAAAUGAAACUCCAUCUUCUAUUUAUGGUAAUGUCUUGGUGUGUUUGUGGGUUUAAGUGUCUAUACGUUUACUUAAAAAUAUAAUUAGGACUCCGUGUUUGCCCUGAA